AUGAAUUUUAAUAUAGAUGAGCUGAUUGUAGGGGCUCAAUCUGCUGAUAAUAUUCAAAGAGAAAGCGCAGAAGCUAGAUUACUAGAGUCCUGUGACGCCAAUUCAUCAGGUAUAUUUAAUGCAUUGAUUACAGUGGCAUUGGAUCCUGGACAUGAUAUAUCUGCAAGACAAUUUUCGUUGCUAUCCCUAAGGAAAUUGAUCACAUUGUAUUGGGGCCCCGGUUUUGAAUCGUACAGAAAUACCUCAGUUGUGGAUCAAGUAUCUAAGACAUCUAGUAGACAAGCAUUGCUUAAAUUAUGUUUAGAUGAUCAGGUGGAUACAAAAAUUAGAAACAGUGCAUCCUACUGUGUAGUGCAAAUCUCUGCAGUGGACUUCCCAGAUCAAUGGCCUGAGUUGUUGCAAAUUGUUUAUGAUGCCAUUUCUAAUCACCACUCCUUGAGUGCUAUGGCCUUACUCAAUGAAAUUUACGACGAUGUUAUCUCUGAAGAGAUGUUUUUUGAAGGUGGUAUUGGUUAUGAGACCUUAUCAGUAAUAUUUCAACUAUUGGUCAAUGAGAAUGCUAUACUUGAUGCAAGAAUUGCAGCAAUUAAUUUGUUUCAUUCUACCCUUUUACAAAUGUCUGCCAUUGAAUCUCAUUCUACAGAAAAAAGAAAAUUAUUUAUUCAAGAAUGUAUACCUAGAGCAUUACAAACUUUAGGUGGACUAUUGACCCAAGCGAUUGAUUUAUCAAACACUAAACAAACAACUCUUGUAGGGAAAAUAUAUGAGAAUUUAGUUUUAAUUAAAAAUGAAUUUCCUAAAAAAUUGUUCCCUAAAGAAUACCAGGUUUCAUUUAAGACACAAGUUUUUGUCGAUUUGGAAAACUUGAAGAAUCAGUAUUCCAUUUAUUUACAACCUUCAAAUGUUUCAAAUAAUGGUGAUGCAUUGGAUGUUGUUAAUGAGUGUGGUAUAUUCAUGAUUGAAUUUUUAACCAGUUUAUUAACUCUUUCUAUGACACAUGAAGAACAAACCAAAAUAAUUGACAUGUCUUUGAUCUUGUGUACCUUGGAUUCCAACACUGUAGAGUCAUGGACGUCAGACUUUAAUGAAUUUGUGUCAAAAGAAACAGGCUUACAAGCGUCAUUCUCUAUUAGAGAUCAAAUUAACGAAUAUUUGGGUUCAUUAUCUGAAGAGCAUUUAUUAAUUCAUUUUACAAUUUUGACUCAAAAAGUUGGAUCCCUUCUAGCGAAUUAUAAUGAUACACAGAGCUCAAGAUUACUCGAAUCAUCUUUGUACAUUUUUCAAAAUUUGUUGAUGAAUGAUGAUGAAAUACAAAUCACUCAAACAAAUGAUCUAAUUAACAUGAUUAAUGCAAUUUUCGAGCAAAAUACAGAUGAUGAAUUGUUAAAAGGCAGAAUUAUUCUUCUAAUUCCUAAACUUUUAGAGAAAUUUAUGGAUGUUCUCCCAGAUGUCAAGGAUCUAGUACAGGCAUAUCUGUUUAAGAUUAUAGAAUUAGUCUCAACGGUAGAUAAUGUGUUAUUAAAGUCAUGUGGUUUAAUUUCGUUUAUGUCAUUUACUUAUUUUGUUGAACUACCAUCAGUCCUUGGGGAUGAAAGAUGUGUUGCCGUUCAACAGAGUAUAUUACAUAUUGUUAACAAGAUAAUGGAAGAUGCAGAGGAAGAUACAUAUGGGUUAUUAAUUGAAGCAAUUAACCAGGUAAUUGCAAUUAAUAAUGAAGUAACUCCGUCAUCUAUUUUAGAACAACAAUUUUCAAUGGUGAUGAAUAUAUCCAGUAAAGAUCCUGCUAAUGUACAAAUUGUCGUAGAGUCUCAAGAUUGUUUAGAGAAGCUAUUGGAUGGAAUUAACACAACUGCAUAUGAAUCAUAUAUCCAAAUUUGCAUGCCGUCAUUUGUUAAUAUUAUCAAGGGAAGUAGCACCAUAUCGUAUAAGUAUUCUCCAUUAUUAUCCUUAAUCCUGGAAUUUGUUACAGUGUUUAUGAAGAAAAAACCAGAUAAUUUCUUGUUACCUUUCCCAAUAGUGGAUUAUUUAUUUGAUCCAUUGGUAGAUGUGUUGCGUGUCUCUACUGAAGAAGAAACAUUGCAAUUGGCUACAGAUGCAUUUAGUUAUAUGAUAUACAACGCAGGUGCAUCGGUAAUAACGCCUCGUCUUGAGACUGUUGUUGGUGUCCUUGAAAGGUUAUUGUCCUUAAGUGUUAGUGAUAGUGCAGCAAUGAAUGUUGGGACUUUAAUCGUCACAAUUUUAACAAAAUUUUCUACUGAGAUUCAAGAUUUAGUGCCUGUAAUUCUUCGAGCUGCUGUGAACAGAUUAAUUAAUUCUAAGAAUAUAUCAACACAACAAAAUUUAAUUUCAUUAUUAUGUCUAUUGACAUGUUCAGAUGUGAAACAGACAUUGGAUUUCCUAUUCCAAUUACAAGAUGAAUCCCAGGAUCCUCUGCUGGUUUCAAAAGUAUUGACCAAAUGGUUUGAAUCCUUCGAAGUUAUCAGAGGUGAAAAGAAGAUUAAAGAAAAUAUUGUUGCAUUAAGUAAAUUAUACAUGUCCUCAGACCCUCGUUUAACUGAUUUGCACGUUAAUGGCGAUUUAAUUCCAUAUGACGGAGACUUAAUCAUUACUAGGUCUAUGGCUAAAAAGAUGCCAGACAGAUAUACACAAGUGUCACCAUAUACCAAGAUUGUGAAAUUAUUUGUUACAGAAUUAGGUUUCCAAACAAGACAGCCAACUAAUCAAGAAUGUAUUGAAUCUGCAGUGGGAAUUACUGGUUCAACCGCCACCAACACACAUAAAAAACGGGAGGAUGUUUCUAACGAUGAUGACGAUGGAUGGGAAGAUGUAGAUGAUGUCUUAAAUUACGAUAAAUUGAAAGAGUAUAUUGAAGACGAAGAAGAAGAUCCUGCUGAAUUUGGUGAAGAUGAUACAGAGGAAAUUACUGGUUUGGGCAUUAUUCAACAAAACAUUACAGAGUUACUUGUUGAUUCCUUAAAACAAUUUGCGUCAACUGACACUAAUAGUUUCGGUGCCAUCUACAACACUUUAUCAGAGCAAGAUAAAGCUACAGUAACGCAGCAAUUGUUGUAG